UUUCAUUUUCACAACAAUGUGCUGUGCACUUCCUCUUCAUCUUCCCUCCGCGAGCCGGUUCGUGUGUGUGUGGAUUUCUCUUCGAUUUCACUCUACGAACUCCUGCUGUAGGAUGACAAUUGACCAACAAAUUCAUUCAGCAAUGAUAUGACCUUCAGUCGUUGACAUCGUAAAAUUCUACAAACAUUCAUUUCUGUUGGACUCAGGGAGUUAGACAUGGGGACGGCUGUUGAUGACAUCAGACAACUGUUAAGAGACUGUGAGCUGUUUGUUUUUGAGAUCCUCCAUGAUGAGAAUCUCAGUAUUGCAGCUCGAGAGUCUAGGGAAAUUCUCCAAAGAAAUUUUGUUGUCGUCCAGAAAAGACACCCACAAGAAUUUCCCCACAGACUUGAGUCCAAUCCUGAAGACAGUUCAGAUGACAACCGCAGCUCCAGUCUGGGACGCUCUGCCCCCUCAGAUGAUAUGUCAGUGGCCUCUGACUACCAGGAGGAAGGAGGCUCUGAGCUUUUUGAAGAGAUCCCUCUGGUGGCUGCACAAGACCUGAGUAACAUUCUGAAGCAAGGUUACCUGGAAAAAAAGAGACGAGAUCACAGUUUCUUCAGCAUGGAAUGGCAAAAGCGAUGGUGUGUUCUGAACAACACCAUAUUUUAUUACUUCGGGAGUGAUAAAGACAAGCAGCAGAAGGGCUCGUUUUAUAUCAAUGGUUACAGUGCAGAGUUGGUUCCCAGUUUACGCAAAGACUCCAAGAAGAGCUCCUGCUUUGAGAUGAGUGCUCCUGGAAGACGCUCUUACCAGUUCACUGCCAGCAGUCCUCGUGAAGCAAGAGAAUGGGUGGACCAGAUCAAUUUUGUUCUUAAGGAUUUGAGCUCAAACUUCAUCCCUUUUGAUGAUGACGAGGAAGAAGAAGAGGUGGAGGAAGAGGAAGAGACGUAUGAUGAUAUUGAACGAGCAACAACACCACCACCUCCAAGACCUGGAGUAGCGUCUGCACAGGUUACAACCCCGAGAAAAACUCAAAACAGCCAUGAAGAGUGGAAAGACCAAGCACUGCCUCAGGAAGACGAAGAAGAUGAUGAGGAAGAGGACAUUUAUGAAAUACUUCCCGAUGAUGAAAAUUCUGACAACGCUGAAGAUUGCAGUGAGAGAACUGGGUCCUCCGAUUAUGCCAAUUAUUACCAAGGCUUGUGGGAUUGUGAAGCUGAGGGACCGGAUGAGUUGGCCUUCCAGAGAGGAGAUUUGAUCUACAUCCUCAGCAAGGAGUAUAACAUCUAUGGAUGGUGGGUCGGUGAGCUAGAUGGUGCCAUCGGCAUAGUUCCCAAAGAGUUUUUACACCCUGCUUAUAUUCUAUGAGGUUUGCUUUGUUGCGAAGAUCACAGAAGCAAAUGUCUUCAAAGUUUAAAUGAAUUGCAUUUUAGUUAAUAGACUAAUAAUAAUUAAUAGAAAUGUUUAAACUUAAAAAAAAAAAGCUCUAAUAGUUAUCCAAUCUGAGAACUAAGUGUUUUUGUGAGUAAGCCUUUUAUUAUUUAUGUGUGUACACUAAAAGGCUUAUUAUUGUCCAAGUCUAGUUUUCUGAUUUAUUCAAAUACAAGACACACAGACACACACACAAUUGAUUUCUACAAUACUGUUGCAAACUGGUUGAAUUCAAACUAAUUUGAUAAUGUUCAAAUUAAUUUGUUUAAAUUCAGCUCAAAUCAAUUUACAUCCACUACUAUAAAAAACAUAAAUCGUUAUUAGGAAUCAUCUUUGAAUAUUUUCUUCAGUGCAUUUAUGCAAAUAGUGUACAUAUGAAAACCAUUUGUAGCAUGAGAAAGUCAUUUUAGCAGUUCUCAUUUACUGUUAUAUAAAGACAGUGCUUUAUCAGCAAUUACUAAAUAUAAUUUUAUAAAUAAUUUAGAUUAAGACAGAAUCUUGAAAUAUCCUUAAAUCCUGUUUUAUUUUUUUUUACUUGACUCUGCACUUAAAAGUUGUAGAUCAGAUGCAGUACCAGCCAAUUCAGCACGUACAUUCCCUGACAUAAGUCUCAUUAUUAAUCCCGAUGUAAGAGCAACAAAUAACUUGACUUCUCGUUGAUCAUUUGGAAAAGUAGUAGAAGGUAGAUUUAAACCAAUGAAUUAUCUGUUUAACUGCAUCCCAAUCAUCACAAAAACUGCAGACCUAUUGGAACCUGCACCUAGGAUUCUCACAGAAAUUCCAGGAUUGGCCAGCCCAGUCUCCAGACAUGAACAUUGAGCAUGUCUGGGGUAAGAGGGAGGAGGCAUUAAAGAUGAAUCCAAAGAAUUCUGAUGAACUCCUGCGGGAACGAUUUCUUUGCCUUUCCAGAUGACUUAUAAAAUUAUUUGAGUCAUUGCAGAUGUGUGGAUGCAGUCCUCCAAGCUCAUGGCGGUCAUAUACAAUAUUCUUUCUUUUACCACUGCACCAUGACUUUAUAUUCUAUACUGCACAUUAUUUCUGUUAGGUGACAAGACUUUUGUCCAAGCAAAGUCAGACCUUACUGUCCUAAUUAAAUAAUUAAAUAUCAAGACAUUUUGGUAAAAUAAGCUUAAUCUAGAGGCCUUUGCCUUUUAUAUAAAGCACUUGUGAUACCAAAUAGUCAUGUAGAAGUCAAGUUAAUAUUUAUUGUUCCUAAAUCUUGGCUAGGCGACAAGACUUUUGUCAGGUAGUGAAUAACUCCUAGAGAAAAAUACCCAUCAUACAAGUUUCUUUUUGUUAGCAAAAAGCUAAUUAACGAAAUUUUACAUCUUACGCUUGUUUUUUUUUGGUUGUUUGAAUACAUGCAGCACACAACAAACUUAACAAUUAUUCACAAAAAAAGCACAACAGCAGUUAAUGACAUGCCUUGAAUGUAUUGUAAAAACAAUAGUUUAUUCAGCAAAAUGUAUCACUCUUAAAACUGGACAAAAAGAACAAUAAAAAGCUUCCAGGAUUUGAUGAAUCAGUCGUUUCAGAUGAAAAUAUAAUACUCCAUGUAAUAAUUGUCAGCUCACACUCCAAAUAAAAUCUUGCACAUGAA